CUUUAUUUUCAAAAGACUCCCGAUAUUCGCACAUUUCUGGACAUUGCUUUGCCUGCAGCAUAUAUUAGAAAAGGAGAUGGUGUUGACCAAGCUACAGCACCUUCCACAAAACCUUCAAAGGAUGAAGAUAUAUCCAGACAUUGUUUGUUUGAGGAAGAGCAACAUCGCGCUGUUCUAACGCAUAGCUUCUUGCCACUCGAAAUCGAAGAACUACCACAUGAGGCCAAGGAUGUACUCAAACGCUUGCUAGAGGUGGAUCCAAAACAGCGUUUGCAUUCGGUCUUGACACUGCAAAAAAUCGCACUAUACAAAAAUUUUAAAAUUGAUUCAAAAUAUUUGCUCAAUCUCCGUCCAAUGGAUCUGAUAAGCCCUGAAGAUAUUGUUGCCUUUACACAUUCCUCCGAAGACGAAAGUGACUGGGAAGAAAGACAAUUUUACAAAUUUUAAAUCCAACAAUAAUUAAGUAAUAUCAGUCAAGUCUAUACUUCUAUUUAAUACAAAAGGAUUCAUGUAUGAAUUCCUGCAGAACAAAAUGUGUCAUAUACAUACGUACAAAAAGUUUCGAUAUAACGGAGAUGAAGGGUUUGAACAAAUGCUACGUUAUAUUUACAGUUUCGUUAUAUUUAUAGAAUAUCAAAACCUCGAUAUAACGAAAUUUGCAAAAUUGACAAAAAAAAAGU